AUGUUGGCCAACACACUCCUUUUUGCGACUUUUGCAUCUACUUUGUUAAGCUCGUCUUUGGCUUCGACGUCGAAGAGAGACGAGGAGCCUCUUCUUCCGUACGACCCGAACACAACCAAGUACUGCACUUGGUGGUUUGAGAACGAUGGUUCGGUGGCCUGUACCGACAUGCCUGCUACGUGGGCCAUAUCGCUAGCAGACUUUAGGCGAUGGAAUCCGUCCAUCACUGCAUCAUGCGGCAACUUUGAGACUGGAAAGUCAUACUGCGUCGAAGCUUUCAACGAGCCCGAGCCGGUCCCUGCCUCGAGCACUGUGGUUCCUAGCUCUUCUACCCCUACGCCCACCAACUCUGGAGCGCCAGGUCCUACACAGCCGGGCACAGUUGAGAAUUGUAAUCGGUGGGACUUUGUGAACGCGGGCGAGGAUUGCAACACCUUUAUCAAAAAGUAUCCUGGCCUGACGCUGAGUGAUUUGAAGAAGUGGAACACUGGUAUCGGUGACCAAUGCCAGACGCUCUGGGGCGGUGUCUAUGUCUGCACCAGCGUACCUGGAUGGACGCCAACCACUCCAUCUUCUUCCACCAAGGCAUCCUCGACUGUCCCAACUCCCAUCAACGGCAUUCAGACUCCUACGCCCAUCCAGCCUGGCAUGGUCAACAACUGCGAUGCCUUUUACUUUGUCAAGGAGGGAGAUUACUGUGCUACGAUUGCACAGAAGAACGCGAUUAGCCUUUCCCAAUUCUACCCAUGGAACCCCAAUGUUGGCACCGACUGUGGAGGACUCUGGCUCGACGUCUAUGUCUGUGUGUCUAUUAUUGGACACAGCCCCGCGACGACGACUGCUCCUCCCAGCACCACGGUGAAGCCGACUCCUACCAAUGGCAUUGCAACGCCGACGCCCAUCCAGCCGGGCAUGGUGAACAACUGCGACGCCUUCCACCUGGUCAAGAGCGGCGAUGUGUGCGCCAACAUUGUGCAGCGCUAUGGCAUCAGCUUGUCUCAGUUCUACAAGUGGAACCCGGCGGUAGGGUCCAGCUGCUCGUCGCUCUGGCUCGACACGUACGUGUGCGUGAGCAUCGUGGGAGUGAACCCUGUCACUACAACGAUGAAGACGUCGGUGGUGCCCACGACGACCAAGACGGGAAACGGAGUAGCGACGCCGACGCCGAUUCAAAAUGGCAUGACGAAUAGCUGCAAGAGCUUCCGCUUUGUCCGGAGUGGGGACACGUGCGCUUCGAUUGCACAAGCAGCGGGCAUCUCGCUGGCUAACUUCUAUCGCUGGAACACUGGAGUGGGCUCGAGCUGCCAGUCACUGUGGCUCGAUACGUAUGUUUGUGUUGCUAUUCUGUAG